GCUAAUAUCUGAACAAAGCCUUCCAGACUCUCUCUCUCUCUCUCUCUCUCUCUCGCACACACCGGACCGACCUAGCUGCGAUUUUAUCGUCUCGGCCUCGGACGCCCUGCUCUGCUUCUCUCGCUAUCAGCUCCUACGCAUCUCAGAUUCACAGCUGAAACCCCCAAUUUACUGAGAUCAGACCGUGCAUGAUUCGUCGUCUCUCAAUCGAAUGUGCUUUGGGAAGGACAAGUGUUACUGGCUUAACUUUUCUGUUUGGACAUUUUGCUUCAGUCAUCAGGCCCAUUUCUGAAGGCAGAGUUAGAGUUGCCUUCACGGCAGCAUUGAUUUUGCAAUACAUUUGAUGGCAUCAUGAUCCCUACCUAUUGAUUAGAUACGUGGCUCUAUGUUGUGAUCUAUAUAGGCGUGCACACAGACACAGUGCUACUCACAAAAUUUUUUGCAUUUGCAGUAACUUUAUUACUUAAAUCUGUAAGCAUGAAAAAUAGCUUCACGCGCGCGCGCGCGCACACACACACACACAAUCUUGCAUUUGCUGUAGCUUCAUUACUUGAAUCUGUAAAGCAUGAAAAAUAACUAAAAUUGUGUUGCUUGCAGAUAUUGACCUGAUCUAUGUCUCAACGCACUACGUAGCUGAAUAACGGUUGUUCAAGCUUGUGCCACACUGCUAAAAAUGUUUGAUGAGGUUGAUGAAGAUGAUGGGCCUGCAGUUUUCAAAAGAAGCAGCACAUCAUCUAAGCAAAACCAAUUGAGCUCAGCGACAAAGAAGUCACCAUCUCAAAGGCAUGACACACAGUACAGGAAAGCAGUCUCUGGUGCAUGUCCCCCUAUUGGUCAGAAUUCUGCUGCCCAAAAUGGCAAGAUAAUUCCAUCUUCCAAGGCAGCAUCAGUAAAGUUGCCUGCACUGAGUCCCAAACCAUCAACUUCAUCUGGUGAUGCAUCACCUGUAAUUAAUUCAAAAGCAUUUACUUCAUUAGUUGGUCAAUCAAGACAUCCACCCAAAAAGAACACUUCAACUGUUGUUAAGGAGGAGAGGCAUUUGGUUAAACCCCCUGCUGAAUCGAAGAGUGAUUCUGAGGAUUCUGAAGACGAUAAACCACUGAGUAGUAGACUUUCAGCAGGAUUAUUGAAGGGGAACUCCAACCACACAAACAAGGGGCCUAGUGCUUCUGCACAUGGUUCCUCAUUGUUGCCAAAAUCUAAAGUCUCUAUUAAGGAGGAGUCUGAAGAUUCAGAUGAUGAAAUUCCUUUGUCAUCAAGGUUCCAAGUAAAGUCCAGUGCAGGGGCAUCAACUAGCAGAUCUUAUGAUUGUGAUGAAAAAAAACCUUUGGUUUUGAAACCUCAUGAAAAUGGAUCCAUGGCGAGUAGUCUAGGAAAAUCUCCCACGAUGUUAUUAAAUAAGAGGCCUCGUGAUGAGGUGAAUUCCUCCAGUCAGUCUUCAGUUAAAAAGCCAAAGCUGCCAGUUGCUUCCACACCAAUUAAAAUUAAACAAGUAUCUGUUAAACAGGAAAGCAGGGCAGAUGAUGAUGAUCUUAUACCUAUUUCCCAGAGAAUGAAGAAGUCAACUACAUCAGAUAGUAAAUCGCUCUCCACAAAGCAGAAAGUGACAAAAGUUGUUUCUUCUUCAUUCAAGAAAACAAUGAAGAAAUCGAAGAAGGUGACAAAAAAUUCAAAAUACUCAAAGUCAACCAAAGUACCUCCCAGCUCUGGUGAAGGACAGAAAUGGACUACCUUGGUCCAUAAUGGUGUCAUUUUUCCUCCUCCAUACAAGCCUCAUGGGAUUAAGAUGCUCUAUGAUGGGAAGCCAGUCGAUUUGACUCCUGAACAGGAGGAGGUUGCAACUAUGUUUGCCGUGAUGAAAGAUACAGAUUAUGCGACCAAACCUAGAUUUAUUGAGAAUUUCAUGAGUGAUUGGAGAAAAAUACUUGGAAAAAACCAUGUGAUUAAGGAUUUUGCACGAUGUGAUUUUACUCCAAUAUAUGAAUGGCAUCAGAAGGAGAAGGAGAAGAAGAAACAAAUGAGCACAGAAGAAAAGAAGGUUUUGAAAGAAGAGAAACUGAAACAAGAGGAGAAGUAUAUGUGGGCUAUUGUUGAUGGUGUCAAGGAGAAGGUUGGAAAUUUUAGAGUUGAACCCCCUGCACUGUUCCGAGGCCGUGGAGAGCAUCCAAAGAUGGGAAAGCUGAAAAAACGCAUCCGUCCAAACGACAUUACUAUAAAUAUAGGAAAGAAUGCCCCUGUUCCUGAAUGUCCUAUUCCGGGUGAAAGCUGGAAAGAAAUAAAGCAUGACAACACUGUCACAUGGUUAGCUUUCUGGAAUGAUCCUAUCAAUCCUAAAGAAUUCAAAUAUGUGUUCCUGGCUGCUAGCAGUUCCUUGAAGGGCCAAAGUGAUAAGGAAAAAUAUGAAAAAGCAAGGUUGCUGAAGGACUACAUACAUGGCAUCAGAGCAGCAUACACAAAAGAUUUUGCUAGUAAAGAUGUUACAAAGCGGCAAAUCGCUGUUGCUACCUAUCUUAUUGAUAAAUUAGCUCUCAGGGCAGGCAAUGAGAAGGAUGAUGAUGAGGCUGAUACUGUUGGUUGCUGCACAUUGAAAUUAGAAAAUGUGAGGCCAAAACCUCCGAAUGUUUUGCAGUUUGAUUUCCUUGGUAAAGAUUCAAUAAGAUACGAAAAUGAAGUCGAGGUUGAGCUUCCUGUCUACAAGGCAAUUGAACAGUUCCAAGUUGGAAAAAAGAAGGGGGAUGAUCUUUUUGACAAGCUGGAUACAAAUAAACUUAAUGCUCAUCUUAAAGAGCUUAUGCCAGGCCUUACAGCAAAAGUUUUCCGUACAUAUAAUGCGUCUAUCACAUUGGAUGACAUGCUGCAUAGAGAAACUAAAGAGGGUAUUGUGGCAGAGAAAAUAGUAGUUUAUCAGCAAGCAAAUAAGCAGGUUGCGAUCAUCUGCAAUCAUCAACGUACAAUCUCAAAGUCUCAUUCGGCUCAAAUGUCAAAGUUGACUGAGAAGAUAGAUGAACUGAAGGGAAUUAUUGAAGAGCUGAAAAUAGAUUUGGCUCGGGCAAAGAAAGGGAAACCCCCAUUGAAGGAUGCUGAUGGGAAGCAAAAGAGGAACUUGUCCCCCGAGGCGAUAGAGAGGAAGAUAGAGCAAACCAAUGCAAAAAUUGAGAAAAUGGAAUUAAAUAAACAAACCAAGGAGGAGCUAAAAACUGUGGCACUGGGCACAUCGAAGAUCAACUACCUUGACCCUAGGAUCACGGUUGCUUGGUGCAAGCGGCAUGAAGUUCCUAUUGAGAAGAUUUUUAACAAGUCUCUGUUGGCGAAGUUUACUUGGGCAAUGGACGUUGAUCCCGACUUCAGAUUCUGAUACUUCCAUCCAUUGUGCUGCCCUAACAUCCACCGCUCUUCUCUCAUUUGUUUCUCUUUCUCCCUUCUACUUGACGUCAAAAGUUUUUUUUUUUUUUUUUUCAAAUUUCUUCCGUUUCUUUAUUAGUGGAAAAUUCAUGUUGUAUUUUAGUAUGUCCAUCUAAUCUAAUUAUGGAGGGGUAAUUUGCCCCUUCAUUUGGCUUUUGAAUGGCUGUCAGAAGAUGCAAGAGGUAAUGUCUGCUGAAGCUGCUUGUAUUUCAAACAUUUUAAACGUCGUGAAUACAUGAGAAAUGUUUGAGAAUGUAAUAAUUUGCUUAGACUAUUUUGAAACACGUAUAGAAGUGAGUCGGCUGCUCUGUUUUUGUUAAGACUCAUUUUAGCUUGUAUUUGAGAAUUCAAGUUAUUCGAGGAGUUUAUGUUGAGUUGAGUUA